AGCACGGCUGCUCCUCACAGCACUGGGAGCGGAGAGACUCCGUCGAUCGCAGGGCUGUGAGCGCGCACCGAUUCUGUUCAUUUUGCUGUCCCACUGCGAAAUGAACGGGCUGGACGGAGGCAGGGCGUUUCAUCCGCGCUGAACAGCUCAACUUGAUUAAAAAAGCACUUUGCCUUUUGGAUGAUGACGACAAUAUAGCUUUCUAGAUGAGUUAGCUAUAGUCAGUUGCAUUAUUGGGUGUUUGGAACGGCGAUUGGGGAUCAUUACUUACCCAUAACAUCAAGGUGGUAUGCUUAACUACUCUUGUUUCAGUAACCAGUUGCUUCUAAUUAUCCGCGAUAGCUGUACGUGGGACAAGUACAGUUGCGAAUAAUAUCUUUUUCUCAUGUGAAUGCCAACGCCUUAUUUUCUUCUUUUACUGCUUCUUGGUUAUCUGUGCUGGAGAAGUAACCAACUGGCAGCCGCAAUUUCGCCAAUUUUUUAUAUGUAGUUUUUAUUUUAAAAGAAAUUGCUCUAUACCAAGGGCUUCAAAGUAAGACGCUUGGGUGUAGGUUUAACUGCGGGAAAAUCAGUAUUCAAAAUGGGCUGCACGCUCAGUGCCGAGGACAAAGCAGCGGUGGAGAGGAGUAAGAUGAUCGAUCGGAACCUCAGGGAAGAUGGGGAGAAAGCGUCCAGAGAAGUCAAACUGCUCCUGCUCGGUGCUGGGGAGUCUGGAAAAAGCACAAUAGUAAAGCAGAUGAAGAUCAUCCACGAAGACGGUUAUUCUGAGGAGGAGUGCAGGCAGUACAGGGUGGUGGUCUACAGCAACACCAUCCAGUCCAUCAUUGCCAUCAUCAGGGCCAUGGGCCGGCUGAAGGUGGACUUCGGGGAUCCGGCCAGAGCCGAUGAUGCCCGUCAGCUCUUCGUCUUGGCCGGCUCUGCAGAGGAGGGUCUCAUGACAGCCGAGCUCUGCGGGGUCAUCAAGAGACUCUGGACCGACCCUGGAGUGCAGAGCUGCUUCUUGCGCUCCCGAGAGUACCAACUCAACGACUCAGCCUCCUACUACCUCAACGACCUGGAAAGAAUCUCCCAGUCGAACUACAUUCCAACCCAGCAGGAUGUGCUGCGGACUCGUGUGAAGACCACUGGGAUUGUGGAGACUCACUUUACCUUCAAGGAGCUGUACUUCAAGAUGUUCGAUGUGGGCGGUCAGCGCUCCGAGAGGAAGAAGUGGAUCCACUGCUUCGAAGGCGUGACGGCCAUCAUCUUCUGCGUGGCGUUGAGUGACUACGACCUGGUCCUAGCGGAGGACGAGGAGAUGAACCGCAUGCACGAGAGCAUGAAGCUGUUUGACAGCAUCUGCAACAACAAGUGGUUCACAGACACCUCCAUCAUCCUCUUCCUCAACAAGAAGGACCUGUUUGAGGAGAAGGUGAAGAGCAGCCCCCUCACCAUCUGCUACCCAGAGUACACUGGCUCCAACACGUACGAAGAAGCCGCCGCCUACAUUCAGUGCCGCUUUGAAGACCUGAACCGACGCAAGGAUUCCAAAGAGAUCUACACCCACUUCACCUGCGCCACAGACACCAAGAACGUGCAGUUUGUCUUUGACGCCGUCACCGAUGUCAUCAUCAAGAACAACCUGAAGGAGUGCGGCCUUUAUUAAGCCAGGAGCUGCUUCUCUUCCUGACACAGGCCACCCCGGAUCUCAGCCCUGCAGCAUCAGCCAGCCAUGUGAACGGGCAUGGCUCAAGUGUCAACGGGGGUGUUCCAUGCAAGUGACCACGCUGCACACCCUGCGCCUCAGCACAACUUUCUACAUUCCCCCCCCCCAACCUUACUGCUUUGAGACAGUCCUCUUUUUGUUUGGCAGGACAGAGCUAUGUAAAUAGGAUGGAAGUACGCCGCGUUACCUUCAGAGAGCUGUGCUGUGUCUUAAGUGUAAUUAUUAUUAAUAUGUGUUUCCAUGAAAGCUAAGUGCCACAUGAAGCAGUCUGGCACUCUUAUGGAUGACAAAGAAAUCUAAACACUUUCCCUACAUUUCAGCCCAGACUUCUGUUUAAAUGUGGACUGUUCCUCUCCACUUCAGUAUUUGAUUACUAUGCAUACUUAACAAAAAAACGAUUUUUUCCCCCCUCAAUCCAGAUUGAAAGCACAGCUAUCUAACAUGUAAUUCCCUCUCAGCUCUUUCACCUGCAGUAUCAUGACACGCUCUGCCUUUUGUAAAUAUGGAAUUUUAGCAAUGCUUUUAUUUUUGGUUUUGUCUAAAACAUUUCUUCUUAAGCAUUUGGUUAGUUUUGGCUUUUCUUUUCAAACACAUUUGCUAAUGGGUGUAUCAGGAAUGAGGCGUGAAUGCUGAUUGUCUGUCUGUCCCCCGGAGACGGCUGCAUGCAGGACGAGGGUGAUUUGCUUGACCUUUUGAGCCAAAGCAGAAUUCAGUUUUAUUUUUGUGACCAUGCAUUCCACAUCCGGCAGUCAGUCAGCCUGAAUAUGAAUCUGUGCCGUUGGACUGAAAAGAAACAGCCCCUUGUUUUUUUUUAUAUUUUUGGAUAUUGUCACCUGUACAACAUUUUUGUCUGGUUUUUAAUUCCAAUUGUUAUACAGUCAGCUGUUAGAUGUUUUUUAACCCGGAAUGUCUGCAUGAUAUAGAAAUGGGCUUUAUGGUGGAGUUCACUGCUUGAUAUUUUCAAUUCAGUGAUGGAUAUAGAUUUUUUUUUUCUUCAAUCCCAGUAGCGCUUAGUGUGGAACUUACUACUGAAAACAUCUUUUUUUGUGUGUUUUUUUGCAACAUCUGAGGAUGGUGGCUCCUUCUGCACGUGACCGCACCAGCCUGUGAUUGGAUCCCUGCACAUCAGCGUCAGGUUUCCAUGGCACCGGUUCUUCAGUUCCUCUGCACAGAAGCGCCGUCUAAUAUGAGACCAAGUAGUAUGGAGGCACACUCUGGCCAAGUAGUAUGGAGGCACACUCUGACCGAGUAGUAUGGAGGCACGCUCUGACCGAGUAGUAUGGAGGCACGCUCUGACCGAGUAGUAUGGAGGCACACUCUGACCGAGUAGUAUGGAGGCACACUCUGACCGAGUAGUAUGGAGGCACACUCUGAUCGAGUAGUAUGGAGGCACACUCUGACAUUGUAUUCGCUCAGCUGAUGCUCUUUAUCUUGUGCCACGUAUGUAGCCAUUGUGGGGGGGAAAAUUGUUCAGUUAUUUUUUAAAAUUUAAAGAAAUAAAUGUGUUUUGUUGUUUUU